AUGGGGACAAUUGCAGAAGAGAUCCACGACGCUAACCAUUGUGGACACAAUUCACUAGAAGAAUUGUGUGGAAAACGAUUUUGUUUUGUUAAAAGAGAUGUUAUUCGUCAGGUGAAUAUCGAAUACUAUAAGAAAUUCUAUAUUUCAGAUAUCGAACAAUUAGUAGUGUUUAUAAGGGGAGUAACAUCUGACUUUCGAGUAUACGAAGAAUUUUUUUCAUUGAAUUCACUUCACGGAGAAACUAAAGGAACACAGAUUUUUUCUCCAAUUGUGAAAUUAAUUGAAGAUUAUCAACUGGAUCCAAAAAAAUUAGUUUCAAUUUCAACUGAUGGAGCCCCUUAUAUGAUUGGCAGUAAAACUGGUUUUCGUGGACGUAUGAAUAAAUGGAGGUGUGAUAAUAACUGGACUCCAGUAUUAUGGCAUCAUUGCAUUAUUCAUCAGGAAAACCUAAUUUCCAAAAAUAUUAAAAUGGAAAAUGUUUCUGAAGUAGUGAUAAAAAUUGUCAAUUGGAUUCGGGCGAACGCCUUGAAUCACCGAAAAUUUAAAACAUUUUUAACUGAAACCGAUUCGGAUUAUGGCGAUGUCCUUCUUUUCUCAGUAGUAAUCACUGAGAACAAACAGCACCAUAUGAACAUUUAUGUUUAG